AUGCGUUCGCCGGCGACGCGUUGGCGGCAAGCUAUUCUUGCGUUCAGUCUCGACCGUUCGUUACUACUGUACACUUGUUCAGAAGAAAAUUUAAUAAAAAUAAUGGGUCGGUGUGUUGCGUUUACCCUCGCCGCUCUGCUAGCGACGAUUGACAUCGGUUCCUGCCUGCAGUGCUACCAAUGUAACUCGCAGUCUGACCCAACAUGUAAAGAUCCUAUUGGGGGAAGGACACCAAUUGUUGAUUGCGCUACACAAGAUUCGAUCAACUACAACCGUGCAUACUUGAGCCUCAUAUUGCCUCGCGAACUGGUCGAGGGUGUCACUGGAGCGCCGAGAUACUGUCACAAAAUCGUUUUCCAAAGCGGAACAACAGUUCGUACAUGCUUGGACGCCAACCCGACCGAAUUGAACCAGACCUGCCGUCUUCUCGAGAACGCCGCCAAAUCAGUUCCAUCUGACCCCAGCAAGCAGCUCAAGCACUGCAGUGUCUGCGACAAGGACCGCUGCAACGGCGCUGGAUCUAUCGUUGCAUCAGCUCCCUUAGCACUAUUGGCGCUUGUCGCAACCUUAUUGUACACUAAGCAAUAA